UGUGUUGAUUUUGUGAUACUACAUUCACGUAGAGAAAUGGCUGAAACCGCUCCAGCUGCUGCCGCCACGCCGGCCAAAGCACCCAAGAAGAAAUCCGCCGCUAAAGCUAAGAAAACCGGACCAAGCGUGGGUGAUCUCAUCGUUAAAGCUGUUUCGGCUUCCAAGGAGAGGAGCGGCGUCUCUCUCGCUGCCUUGAAGAAAGCGCUCGCCGCCGGUGGCUACGACGUGGAGAAGAAAAACGCUCGCGUUAAGAUCGCCAUCAAGAACCUCGUGACUAAAGGCACUCUGGUCCAGACCAAGGGGACCGGCGCUUCUGGGUCUUUUAAAUUGAACAAAAAGCAGGCAGAGACCAAGGCAAAACCAGCGAAGAAAGCCGCUCCUAAAGCAAAGAAGCCCGCAGCCAAGAAACCCGCCGCUGCCAAGAAGCCCAAGACUGCAGCGACAAAGAAGACCGCCGCUAAGAAAUCUCCCAAGAAAGCAGCGAAGAAACCAGCCGCCACCGCCGCUAAAAAGGCAACAAAGAGCCCCAAGAAAGCAAAGAAGCCAGCGGCUCCUAAGAAAGCAGCGAAGAGCCCCAAGAAAGCGAAGGCUGCUAAACCCAAGACGACAAAGCCCAAAGCAGCUAAGCCUAAAAAGGCAGCGCCCAAAAAGAAAUAAAGCAACUCUUUAUUUUUUUAUACAACCCAAAGGCUCUUUUAAGA